AUGUCUAGCGCUCUUAUCUUCGGAGGCUCCGGAAAGGUCGCACGACACCUCACAACGAAGCUAGUGGCAUCAGCCUAUACCGUCCACUCGGUCAUUCGCAAGGAGUCGCAGAUCCCCGAACUCGAAGCACUCGGCUCAAAGCCCAUUGUGCAGAGUAUCGAAGAGUCCAGUGUCAACGACCUCACAGCAACCAUCAAGAAGCACAGUCCUAAUGUGGUCAUUUGGAGUGCAGGAGCCGGAGGUGGUAGCCCUGAACGCACAAAGGCUGUAGACCAUGAAGGCAUAACAGGCGCCAUCAAGGUCUUUGAUGCCACUGCUGCUGCAGGAGUCAAGCGUUUCAUCAUCGUCAGUGCAGUAGAUAUCCGCGACCGAGGAAACAAGCCAACGCCGGAAUGGUACAACGACGACGACGACAAUGCUGUUAGCAACCGCAUGUGGGGAGCCAUUGGUGUCUACUGCGAGGCCAAAUUGGCCGCUGAUCGCGACCUGGUCACUCAGAACAGCCGUCGCAAGCUCGAUUACACCAUUGUUCGACCAGGCUCCCUCAAUACAGACAAAGAAUCUGGUAAGGUCGCCGCUGGCAAGGUACACUUGGGCAAGAGUGUUUCCCGAGAGGACAUUGCCGAGGUCAUUGUGCAGUGUAUCAAGAACCCUUCCACCAUCGGCCUGGCAUUCGACGUGGUGGGCGGCGACACUCCUAUUCCUCAAGCUAUAGAUGAAGUCGCCAGCCAAAAGAUCGAUACUUUUGAAGGGCAUUACUAG